AUGCCUCGUGGUCGUAAGAGUAAGCUCCGUGCUCGGGAGAAACGCCGCCAAAACCGAGCUGAGAAACAAGGUGAUAUGAGUUCUCAGGCCCCUGCAGGAGAGGAAGGAGAAGCUGCUUGCUCCUCCUCUUCCGUUUUUGGGGAUAGUCCCUCAACCUCCACUGGUGCUGGCAUUCUCCAGGCACCUCAGGAUGCCCCAGCCACCACCAGUGGCACUGCAAGUGCUUCAGGUGAUGGGUCUGCCGUAAAAGCCAAAGGCCAGGUUCAGAAAAAUAAAAAAGCCUCCCAGGUCUCACUGUCCUCUGGUGAUGGCACCGUCCAGGCACCUCAGGAUGCUCUAGCUGUCACCACCAGUGCCACUACAGGUGCUUCAGGUGAAAUAUCUGAUACAAAAGUCAAAGGCCAGGUUCAGAAAAAUAAAAAAGCCUCCGAAGUCUCAACCUUCAGAAAAGUAAAAAUUGCCAAAUGCCAGAUUCAGAAAAGUAACAAAGCCUCCCAGGUCUCAACCUCCACUAGUGCUGGCACUGUCCAGGCACCUCAGGAUGCUCUAGCUGUCACCACCAGUGCCGCUGCAGGUGCUUUGGAUGAAAUAUUUUAUGUAAAAGCCAAAGGCCAGGUUCAGAAAAGUAAAAAAGCAGCCCAAGCCUCAACCUCCACUGAUGAUGGCCCUCUCCAGGCGCCUCAGGAGACCCCAGUCACCACCAGUACCAAUGCAGGUGAUUCAGGUGAAAUAUCUGAUGCAAAAGUCAAAGGCCAGGUUCAGAAAAAUAAAAAUGACUCUGAAGCCUCAAUGUCCUCUGGUGAUGGCACCGUCCAGGCACCUCAGAAUGCCCCAGCCACCACCAGUGCCACUGUAGGGACUUCGGGUGAAAUAUCUGAUGUAAAAGCCAAAGGCCAGGUUCAAAAAAGUAAAAAUGACUCCAAAGUCUCAAUGUCCUCUGGUGAUGGCACCGUCCAGGCACCUCAAGAUGUCCCAGUCACCACCAGUGCCGCUGCAGGUGCUUCAGGUGAAAGAUCUGCUGUAAAAUCCAAAGUACAGGUUCAGAAAAAUACAAAAGCCUCCCAGAUCUCAAUGUCCUCUGGUGAUGGCCCUCUCCUGGCGCCUCAGGAGACCCCAGACACCACCAGUGCCGCUGCAGGUGCUUCGGGUGAAAUAUCUGAUGUAAAAGCCAAAGGCCAGGUUCAGAAAAGUAAAAAUGACUCCCAGGUCUCAACCUCCAGUGGUGAUGGCACCGCCCAGGCGCCUCAGGAGACCCUAGAUACCACCAGUGCCACUGCAGGUGGUUCAGGUGAAAUAUCUGAUUCCAAAGUCUCAACCUCCAGAAAAGUGAAAAAUGCCAAAGGCCAGGUUCAGAAAAGUAAAAAAGCCUCCCAGGUCUCAACCUCCACUGUUGAUGGCCCUCUCCAGGCGCCUCAGGAGACCACAGUCACCACCAGUACCACUGCAGGUGGUUCAGAUGAAAUAUCUGAUGCAAAAGUCAAAGGCCAGGUUCAGAAAAAUAAAAAAGCCUCUGAAGUCUCAAUGUCCUCUGGUGAUGGCACCCUCCAGGCACCUCAGGAUGCUCUAGCCACCAGUGCCACUGCAGGUGGUUCAGGUGAAAUAUAUGAUGCAAAAGCCAAAGGCCAGGUUCAGAAAAGUAAAAAUGACUCCAAAGUCUCAAUGUCCUCUGGUGAUGGCACCGUCCAGGCACCUCAGGAUGCCUCAGUCACCACCAGUGCCGCUGCAGGUGCUUCGGGUGAAAGAUCUGUAAAAUCCAAAGUCCAGGUUCAAAAAAAUAAAAAAGCCUCCCAGGUCUUAAUGUCCACUGGUGAUGGCCCUCUCCUGGCGCCUCAGGAGACCCCAGUCACCACCAGUGCCACUGCAGGUGGUUCAGGUGAAAUAUCUGAUGCAAAAGCCAAAGUCCAGGUUCAGAAAUGUAAAAAUGACUCCAAAGUCUCAAUGUCCUCUGGUGACGGCACCGUCCAGGCACCUCAGGAUGCCCUAGUCACCACCAGUGCCACUGCAGGUACUUCGGGUGAAAUAUCUGAUGUAAAAGCCAAAGGCCAGGUUCAGAAAAGUAAAAAUGACUCUGAAGCCUCAAUGUCCUCUGGUGAUGGCAUCGUCCAGGCAGCUCAGGAUGCCCCUGCCACCACCAGUGCCACUGUAGGGACUUCAGGUGAAAUAUCUGAUGUAAAAGCCAAAGGCCAGGUUCAGAAAAGUAAAAAUGACUCCAAAGUCUCAAUGUCCUCUGGCGAUGACACCGUCCAGGAGCCUCAGGAGACCCCAGUCACCACCAGUGCCACUGCAGGUGGUUCAGGUGAAAUAUCUGAUUCCAAAGUCUCAACCUCCAGAAAAGUGAAAAAUGCCAAAGGCCAGGUUCAGAAAAGUAAAAAAGCCUCCCAGGCCUCAACCUCCACUGGUGAUGGCACCGUCCAGGCACCUCAGGAUGCCCCAGUCAUCACCAGUGCCGCUGCAGGUACUUUGGGUGAAAGAUCUGCUGUAAAGCCCAAAGUCCAGGUUCAGAAAAAUAAAAAUGCCUCCGAAGUCUCAAUGUCCUCUGGUGAUGGCCCUCUCCAGGUGCCUCAGGAGACCCCAGUCACCACCAGUGCCACUGCAGGUGGUUCAGGUGAAAUAUCUGAUGCAAAAGUCAAAGGCCAGGUUCAGAAAAAUAAAAAAGCCUCCCAGGUCUCAACCUCCAGAAAAGUAAAAAAUGCCAAAGGCCAGGUCUCAACCUCCACUGGUAACGGCACCAUCCAGGCGCCUCAGGGUGCCCCAGCCAUAACCAGUGCCACUGCAGGUGCUUCGGGUGAAAGAUCUGCUGUAAAAUCCAAAGUCCAGGUUCAGAAAAAUAAAAUAGCCUCCGAAGUCUCAAUGUCCUCUGGUGAUGGCACCAUCCAGGCGCCUCAGGAGACCCCAGUCACCACCAGUGCUGCUGCAGAUGCUUCAGGUGAAAUAUCUGAUGUAAAAGCCAAAGGCCAGGUUCAGAAAAGUAAAAAUCCCUCCCAGGUCUCUACCUCCAUUGGUGAUGGCACUGUCCAGGCGCCUCAGGAUGUCCCAGCCACCACCAGUGCCGCUGCAGGUACUUCAGGUGAAAGAUCUGCUGUAAAAUCCAAAGUCAAGGUUCAGAAAAAUAAAAAAGCCUCCCAGGCCUCAACCUCCACUGAUGAUGGCCCUCUCCAGGCACCUCAGGAGACCCCAGUCACCACCAGUGCCACUGCAGGUGGUUCAGGUGAAAUAUCUGAUUCCAAAGUCUCAGCCUCCAGAAAAGUGAAAAAUGCCAAAGGCCAGGUUCAGAAAAAUAAAAAAGCCUCUGAAGUCUCAGUGUCCUCUGGUGAUGGCACCGUUCAGGCACCUCAGGAUGCUCUAACCAACACCAGUGCCACUGCAGGUGCUUCAGGUAAAAGAUCUGCUGUAAAACCCAAAGUCCAGGUUCAGAAAAGUAAAAAAGCCUCCCAGGUCUCAACCUCCACUGGUGAUGGCACUCUCCAGGCACCUCAGGGUGCCCCUGUCACCACCAGUGCUGCUGCAGGUGCUUCAGGUGAAGGACCUGCUGUAAAAGCCAAAGGCCAUGUUAGGAAAGGAAAAGAUUCCUCUGGGGCCUCAACUUCCACUAAGAGUUCUGGCCAAAGUAUUCUAAAUCAAAAGGCGAUAAUGAUAGUGGAGUACCUGCUGUAUCAAUAUAAAAAGAAGGAGCCCAUUAAAAAAGGAGACAUGCUGGAGAUCAUCCACAAGUGGUUCUGGAAGGACUUUCCUGAAAUUCUCGGGAGAGCCUCUGAGCGCAUGGAUCGGUUCUUUGGCCUGCAAGUGAAAGAAGUGAAGCCCAACGGUAACUACUACACCCUUGUCAGCAAUCAAGAUGAUACCAGCAAUGAGAGUGUAGGCUGUGGCUUUAGGUUUCCUAACAAAGGGAUUCUGAUGCCUCUCCUGGCUGUGAUCUUCUUGAAUGGCAACCGUGCCCCUGAGGAGGAGAUCUGGCAAUUCCUGGGUGAUUUGGGCAUCUAUGAUGGAAAGGCUCACUUCAUUUUUGGAGAGCCGAGAAAGCUUCUCACCCAAGAUAUGGUGCAGGAAGAAUACCUGGUGUACCAGCCGGUGCCCAACAGUGAUCCUCCACGCUACGAGUUCCUGUGGGGUGCAAGAGCCCACGCUGAGACCAGCAAGUUGCAAGUCCUGGAGUUUUUAGCCGAUCUCAAUGAUACCUUGCCCAGUGAUUACUCACCCCAUUAUGAAGAGGCUUUGCAAGAUGAGGAAGAGAGAAAGCAAGCAAGAGCCCAAGCUGCACCCAUGGCUGCCACUCCUCCCAUGGCCAGUGGAGACUCCAGUGUAAAGCUUAAGGCUCCUAAGUUUUGA